AGUCAAAUCAAAGUCAGCCUUUCAGCCAGAGAGCAGCAUCAUCAUGUUAAAGAUUGUCUUCAUCACUUUGGCCAUCUGUUUGGUCGUCGUUCUAAGUGCUCCGGUGGAGCAGGUGGAUGUUCAGCCACCGGUGGCCAUACUGGAGUCCACCCAUGAGAAGCACGAAGAUGGAUCCUACAACUUUUCGUAUCUGGGCGAGGAUGGCACCCAUCGCCAUGAGGAGGCUGUGGUCAGGAACCAGGGCACCGACAAUGAAUACCUCGAGAUCAGCGGCUCCUACUCCUACUUCGAUGCGAAUGGCAAGGAGGUGGUUGUGAAUUACAAGGCCGAUGACCACGGAUUUGUACCCGAGGGCGGGGCCAUCCUUCCUCAGAUUUCCCUGGCCGCCAAGCAGGUCAGCGAGCAAGUGUCGCAGCCGGAUCUGGACUAUGAAAAGCCCCCGAAGGUCUAA